AUCAGAUUGGCGGUGCCGUCACAAACCAUUAUAAAUACCGACCUCAUCGACGACUUUCGAUAUCCCAGUUUGUUUGAAGAAAACCUUCUCUUUACGAUUCUUAACCAAAUCUCUCGAUUUCUUGCUUGAUUUCUCUCCCAAAAGUCUCGAUUUCUUGCUUGAUUUCCCUCGCAAAAGAUGCAAAUAUUCCUGAAAACCUUGACAGGAAAGACCAUCACUCUCGAAGUUGAGAGUUCUGACACCAUCGAUAAUGUCAAAGCCAAGAUUCAAGACAAGGAGGGGAUUCCCCCAGAUCAGCAGAGACUGAUCUUUGCUGGUAAGCAGCUUGAAGACGGAAGGACCCUUGCUGACUACAACAUCCAGAAGGAAUCCACACUUCAUCUUGUCCUGCGUCUUCGUGGUGGUAUGCAGAUCUUUGUCAAGACUUUGACUGGUAAGACAAUCACUCUGGAGGUUGAAAGCUCUGAUACCAUUGACAACGUGAAAGCGAAAAUCCAAGACAAAGAGGGAAUUCCCCCAGACCAACAACGUUUGAUCUUCGCUGGCAAACAACUUGAAGAUGGCAGGACUUUGGCUGAUUACAACAUUCAUAAAGAAUCCACCCUGCACUUGGUUCUUCGACUUAGAGGUGGAAUGCAGAUUUUUGUGAAAACCUUGACUGGGAAAACCAUCACACUCGAGGUUGAGAGCUCUGACCCCAUCGACAACGUCAAGGCAAAGAUCCAAGACAAGGAAGGAAUCCCUCCGGACCAGCAACGUCUGAUCUUCGCUGGCAAACAACUUGAAGAUGGCAGGACUUUGGCUGAUUACAACAUUCAAAAGGAGUCAACCCUUCAUCUUGUUCUUCGUCUGAGGGGAGGAAUGCAGAUCUUUGUCAAGACCCUUACUGGCAAAACUAUCACCCUUGAGGUCGAGAGCUCUGACACCAUCGAUAAUGUUAAGGCAAAGAUCCAGGAUAAGGAAGGAAUUCCUCCAGAUCAACAAAGGUUGAUUUUUGCUGGUAAACAACUUGAAGAUGGCAGGACUCUGGCUGAUUACAACAUUCAAAAGGAAUCCACUCUUCAUCUGGUUCUUCGUCUGAGGGGAGGUAUGCAGAUUUUCAUCAAAACCUUGACAGGAAAGACCAUCACCUUGGAGGUGGAAAGUUCAGACACAAUCGAUAAUGUGAAAGCUAAGAUUCAAGACAAGGAGGGGAUUCCCCCAGACCAGCAAAGGUUAAUCUUUGCCGGGAAGCAGUUGGAAGACGGGAGGACCUUGGCUGAUUACAACAUCCAAAAGGAAUCGACCCUUCACCUAGUCUUGAGGCUCAGGGGAGGAACUAUGAUCAAGGUUAAGACACUUACUGGUAAAGAAAUUGAAAUUGAUAUUGAACCAACUGACACCAUUGACAGAAUCAAGGAGCGUGUUGAGGAGAAGGAAGGUAUCCCUCCAGUGCAGCAGAGGCUUAUCUAUGCUGGAAAACAACUUGCUGAUGACAAAACUGCCAAAGAAUACAACAUCGAGGGAGGUUCUGUUCUUCAUUUGGUGCUCGCCUUGAGGGGUGGUCUUUAAGGCUUUUAUUUCACAUACAGAUUUUUCUUUAGAUUCUUUUUAAUCAUGGUAACUGCUACCAGUAUGACUUUUUAAUUGUUUCUUGAAUGAUAUUAAAACUAAGUUUGGCAUGACGCUUUCAAAUUUCUGUGGAGAUAGUUGGAAUUAUAACAUGUUCAUAUAGUCGGAUCA